AUGGCUUUUGUUCACCAUGCCCUCAAGAUUGUGAAACUUGUACCAACUGGGAUAAGUGUACUUCAUGUAAGCCGAAAAAGUUGUAACCAGUGUCAAAUACACAAUGAUUCGUUAGUCUGCGCUGAUUGUGCAGAAGGACAAAUAUUCAAUGGUCAAACAUGCGGAUCACACACAUCAUUGUGCCCAGAUGGAUGUUCUACGUAUUGUGAUAGUUAUGGAAUAUGUCAAGGAGAAUGUAUUGAGAGCUGGACUGGUGAAAAAUGUUCUGAACAAUGUAACAGUAAGUGUUUAAAGUGCUCAAAAGAUAACGGAAAUAGUUGUCUACUGUGUGUUGGUAAUUUUUACUCAACCGAUUGCAGUUUAGCCUGUAACCCGUCAUGCAUAGUAAUAAGUGGAAAACCUACAUGUGGACAUGCAGACGGAUAUUGUCUAAACGGGUGUAACCAAACAUAUUGGGGCGACACCUGUGAUAAACCUUGUCCUGGUGGAUGUAAAAAUCAUAUAUGUGAUCGAAACAACGGUACAUGUACAGAUGGAUGUAAGGAUGGACUGACCGGAGAUAAAUGUACUCAAACUAUCACAAUCGAAACAUCAAUGACAUCAACAAUAACAACACCAGCCGAACCUGUAACACAACAACAAACAUUUGUGCGUCGUGAUGAUCAAGCUAAUAUUUUUACCAUUGGUUAUUUCUCUGGAUUUGGAUCUUGUGCUGCCAUAGUAGUAUUUGCUGCUUUGUUUAAGCUAAUUAGACGAAGGUAUCUGGGAAGAAAAACGCCCAACGACAACAAACCAAACAUUGAGAAUCCGACAUAUUAUAACACUAGAACUGAUUUUGGAGCUGUAAAUGCUGAGUCAGCUGAAGUGUCUAAUGAUUACGAGCGUUUGAGUAAUAACAGGACCACGGAUAAUCUAUACAGUGUUAAUUAUCUAGGAACAACAUUGUCAUAG